AUGGUAAAAUAUAAUCUAUACUUCGGAGAGGAAGCGGUUGAGUAUUACAAACCCGCAACCCCCGAAACAGAAUUGCAGACUUUAAUUGAUGACCCUGAUGAGUUUAAAAAGUUUAAAAAAGACCACGAGGACAAUAUAAACCUAUUAAUCGCCGAGCGGGACGCGUUGGCAACGGAAAGAGAUAAAGAAAAAGCCGAAAAAAAAACUUUAACGGACGAAUUGGCAGACGAAAAAAAGAACCGCGACGCAGAAAAAAAAGCAUUAGAAGCGGAAAUAUUGAAAUUAGACACCGCCAAUAAAGUUAUAGAGGCGGAUAAUAAGAAACUUCAAAAAGCCAUCAACGAGAGAAAUGCCAAGAUAGCGGGCAUGGUAAAUAAAGCUGAUUAUGAUGCGAAAGCGAAAGAAGCCACCGACGCCAUAACCGCAUUAGGGAAUAAAACCACCGAAUAUAAUGUAUUAGAUGGAUUGCGAUAUUGGAACGAAAGAAACACCGAAAGGAAGCGGAUUGAUGAGAAAGAUUUAAACACGAUAGCGACAAUUGUCGGACAUGGCGGAAGCACGAUAGCGAUUAAUGACCCCAGCGACGACGAGGAAUAA